AUGCGGACCGGCGGAGCGCUGGGGCGGUCAGGUCUGCUCCUGCUCCUCGUAGCCGCCGUGCCUUGGGUAGCGGCGCGGCCCCGACCCCUCGCCCCGCGGGAUCGGCCCUUCGCCCGCGGGGAUCAGCCUCGGCCCAACGUGGUGCUGGUGGUCUGCGAUUCUAUGGAUGGGCGCCUGACCUUUCACCCAGGAAACCAGACUGUGGAUUUGCCCUUCAUACAUUUCAUGAGCAGAUCUGGCACCAUCUUUCUCAAUGCCUACACCAACUCCCCCAUCUGUUGUCCUUCCCGUGCAGCUAUGUGGAGUGGCCUUUUCACUCAUGUAACAGAAUCCUGGAAUAACUUCAAAGGCCUAGAUCCAGGUUAUGUGACGUGGAUGGAUGUGAUGGAGCAGCAUGGCUACCACACACAGAAGUAUGGGAAACUGGACUAUACUUCUGGACAUCAUUCAGUAAGUAACCGUGUGGAAGCCUGGACCAGGGAUGUUGACUUCCUGCUGCGGCAAGAAGGGAGACCCAUGGUGAACCUGACAGGGGACAGGCAGGACGUGAGAGUGAAGGAAGCAGACUGGAAGAACACUGAUAAAGCUGUGAGCUGGAUCAAGGAAGAAGCCAUUAACCUCACUGAACCCUUUGCUCUUUACCUGGGGCUAAAUUUACCACACCCAUAUCCAUCACCCUAUUCAGGAGAAAAUUUUGGAGCUUCUAUGUUCUUGACAUCUCCCUAUUGGCUCCAAAAGGUAAAUUAUGAAGCUGUGAAAAUUCCCAAGUGGUCUCCUCUUUCAGAGAUGCACCCAGUGGACUAUUACUCAUCUUACACUAAGAACUGCACAGGAGAGUUUACAAGGGAAGAAGUGAGAAAUAUCAGAGCAUUUUAUUAUGCUAUGUGUGCAGAGACAGAUGCCAUGCUGGGUGAGGUAAUUUCAGCUCUGAGAGACACCAAGCUCCUUCAGAAGACAGUGGUUAUGUUCACUGCAGAUCAUGGGGAACUGGCCAUGGACCACAGGCAGUUCUACAAGAUGAGCAUGUAUGAAGGCAGCUCCCAUGUUCCUCUCUUAGCUAUGGGGCCAGGUGUGAAGGAGGAGCAGCAAGUACCAAAUGUGGUCUCUCUUGUGGAUAUAUAUCCUACCAUGCUUGACAUAGCAGGAAUUCCUGUGCCACGGAACCUCAGUGGAUAUUCUCUCAUCCCUCUGCUACGUGGAAAGGCUGACAAUGAAGUGUCACCCCCCAAGGUGCCAGCUCGACCCCGCUGGGUGCUGAGUGAGUUCCAUGGGUGCAAUGUGAACUCCUCCAGCUACAUGCUGCGCGCUGGCCGAUGGAAAUACAUCGCCUAUGGGGACGGCCACUCAGUGCUCUCACAGCUCUUUGACCUCUCUGAAGAUCCAGAUGAGCUGACAAACAUCGCCACGAAACUGCCAGGCGUCGUGCGUUCCCUGGAUGGGAUGCUCCGCUCCAUAGUCAACUACCCAAAGGUGUCUUCUGAUGUUCAGGAGUAUAACAAAAGGGAGUUUAUCACUUGGAAACAAAGUUUGGGGCAGAAUUACUCAAAUGUGAUUGCCAACCUUAGGUGGCAUCAUGACUGGUUACAGGAACCCCAAAAAUACGAGAGUGCAAUUGACGAGUGGCUGAGUCGAAGUAAGUAACGACCACCUAGAUUUAAUAUCAUGGAAUGGUUUGGCUUGGAAGGGACCUCCAAAGGUCAUCUAGUCCACCCCCCCAGAAGGGGCAUCCUCCACCAGAUCAGGUUGCUCAGAGCCUUGUCGAGCCUGACCUUGAGUAUCUCCAGGGAUGGGACCUCAACUACCUCUCUGGGCAACCUGUUGCAGUGUUCCAUCACCCUCGUGGUAAGAACUCAACUGAAGGGAUGAAAACAUUUUGCUUUUGUAAUAUUCUGUAGGGAUUUGUAAUAUUCUGUGGGGAUUUGUAAUGUUCUGUAGGGGAUUUGUAGUAUUCUGUAGGGGAUUUAUAAUAUUCUGUAAGGGAUUUGUAAUAUCCUGUAGGGGAUUUGUAGUAUUCUGUAGGGGAUUUAUAAUAUUCUGUAAGGGAUUUGUAAUAUCCAACCCUAGGGACUGGCUAACUGGUACCAUUUAGGAGUGGAAUGUGCUGGAGGCAGCUUUCCAUCAAGGUGAACUCUACAUUCAUCCACUUUAGAGAAGCUGUAGCAGUUAAAAUAGAAUCAAAAAGUUGACAGCUCGUGUUGGUCAGAGUGUAGAAGCAGCUUAGCCAAUACCUGUUAGGUCAGCAUUCCUGUUUUAUACAUCAGUUCACUCUCUGCCUUUCCAGGAUGUGCCUUUUCAUCUCUUGCUUUUAGAUGUAGUUUAAAAUCUCAUGGUGUAUGUAGGCUACUUGUUGAACAUCUCUGCAAGCAAGAGAGGAAUCUGGUCCCUGCUCACUGUCAGAAAUUAAAAACCAGCCCAAACCAACCUUCUCUGACCAAACCUGUCAGCAGAGCAGUUGUCUCAAAAGGGAUGAUGUGAUCUUCAGGGCAUGAGAUGAAACCUGCUUGAACCAACCUGCAUGAUGCAGUUAGGUUCUGCAGAUGAAUGUUUUAAUGUGCAUCACCAAGUGGAGAGCUGACAACAGAGGAGGUGCAAAGUGAGGCUUGCAGGAGACUUUAACAUAGAAACAGUCUUAUUUCAAGUUUUUCCAGAGAGGUGACACAAAAACAAGGCAGUUUGGGAAGAAGGUAAGUUUUAUCUUAAAGUAUCACAGAAUCACAGAAUGUGCUGGGUUGGAAGGGACCUCUAGAGACCACCUUGUCCAACCCCACUGCAGUAAACAGGGACAUCCCCAACAAGAUCAGGUUGCUCAGACCCCUGUCAAGCCUGAAUAUCUCCAGGGAUGGGGCCUCCAUCUCCCUGAGCAACCUGUUCCACUGUCACCCCCCUCAUUGUGCAGAACUUCCUUCCCAUGUCCAACCUCAAUCUCCCCUGCCCCAGUUUCAAACCAUUGCCCCUAGUCCUAGUGCUCUGUGGCCUUGGAAAUGGACCCUGCCUCUGCAGCAGCUCCAGGGCUCUCCUGUCUUGCUGUGCUGCAGGUGAGGUCUCCGCAGAGCAGAGCAGAGGGGCAGGAUCCUCUCUCUCCAGCUCUGGCCAUGCUGCUUUGGAUGCAGGAUUGUUGUCUGACAGCUCAGGAGGCCAAUGUCAUCCUGAUUUAAGUUAGAUUAAGAUGAAAUGAAGAUGUAUCCUGUAAGUAUUUUUGUUGUUGUUGUUAUGUAGAUUAAGGCUAAUGUAACAUUUGUCUUAAACUAGAUGAAGGUGCGAUUUACAUUAAAUUAGAAUAAAUGUAAGGCUUUUUUUUCCCCGAUUAGAUUAAA